CAGUUCACAGAAGAGCAGAUCAACGAUGGGGUAGAACAGUUGAAGAGAGCCAACAUAGAGACUGGCUAUGAUACUGCUGCGAUAGAGAGCUAUGCGGUUUUCACCAAGCUGAGAGAGGAGGGCGUGGUUCCGAAAGGAGUGAAGUUCCAAGUCGGCCUUCCAACCAUAGCGAGUGUGAUAGGCCCAUUCGUAGAAAGAGCAUUUCAGGCAAAGGUGUCUCCCAUCUACGAAGCGGCAUUGUUUCGUGCCACGCGAGAGAUCCAGGACAAGAUACCACACGAAGAUCUCUCGAUCCAACUGGAUCUAGCAGUCGACACCGCGUACUGGGAAGGCGAAUAUCUCACACCCUGGUUCGACAACACA